AUGGCUCCCGCUUCGGAUACAACUACAUCAGCUCAGCUCACCAAGAACCCCAAGANNUCAAGGGAAGAAUGGAAGCGCAAUGUGUGGACACAGAGAACAGCCACCCGACUCCUAGCCGAAGACGACAGAAUGAUCAAACUAAAAUCGAAAGAAGAGAGAUCUCCAAAAGUUUGCAGUGUGCACAGAGCAUUGCUUUGCUUCUACUCGCCUUAUCAUGACAGACUUCUCAACGGAGAGUUCGCUGAGGGUUUAGUGACUCCCACUAAGCCUUUGAUCAUCAACGCUGGUGCAAGUGUUCUGAGCCUUUUUCUCACAUGGCUUUACACAGGAAAUGUCGACGUGGCCCCUCCACUAGACGAGAACGAUGAUGAUACUUUUAAUGAAUGGCACACUGGCACCGCAAAGCUUUACACCUUUGCUGACGAACUCAACUGUGUUGCACUGCAGCGUUCGAUCAUGUCAAGACUGGUAGAGCACUGCAAGACUGUAUCAAGGUUGGUGAGCCUUAGAACCAUUCGAAGCAUAUCAAACAGCUCACUUGACCACGAGAGUGAAGAGGAGCGCAGAGCUACUUGUGGAGCCCCCGAUAUCGAGUUCCAAGAUGACCAGAGAGAGUUUCUAAACUUCGACAGUGAAUCAGAAUCAGAAUCAGACCGAGAGUCAAAUCCCGAUACCGAAUCAACUGUGCUGCGCAACAAGCCAGUCGAGAGGAAGCGCGAUCAUGAGGACGAAGAUGCAGCCAUUUUGAAGACCAAGCGUGUUAAGACGACUUGA